GCCUUGACUCGAGGGUGGCACUGGACGAGCCUCCACUCUUCUUUCUUAACUGAAGCCCUCUUUUCCUACUAUGCAUGGCUACAUUGUUAAUUGUUCAUGAUGGAUGCUAACCGUGAGUCACCUGGUGCUGCUGUACGCAACUCUUCCGUCUGAUCUCGAAAUACUGUAUCUACUGUGGGUGGCCUCCUGAAAAGAGUCAUUUUUUGGACCAGUCUCGGCCCUGUCUUCAUCUUCACUUACUUAAAUCCAUAUGCAUGCCCAUACCUUGAGUAUUUAUAACUGAGCAGCCACUCUGCUUUAACUGAGGUUCAAUCCAACCUCAAUCCCGGCCCCGAGUGCGCCGCAGGGCACUUUUAUCUUUUUGUUUCCUACAAUACAUUCCAAGGCUCAGGAUGGCCCUGAGAGUGGAGGACAAGCUCGAGGAGGUCCAUGAGGAACUUCUCACAUGGGCCAAUUCCAUUGGUGUUGAGAUCGACAGGAUACGUCCUAUGAGGAUAUCCGGUCGUGGUUUUGGAGUCGUGGCUACUGAUUACAUCCCCAAGGGCACCGACAUUCUCACCGUGCCCGUCUCAGCACUUCGGACAAAGGAUACUGUGCCCACUGCAAUCGUCACAAGUCUACCCAAGGAUGUCACCGUCCAUGGCCUACUCGCCGCAGACCUUGCCCUCAACCAGGCCGCAAAUGACACAACGUACAGCAAGUGGCAAGCGGUAGUCCCGACGGUCCAAGAUAUCCAACUGUCAAUGCCACUCACCUGGCCAGCCUCGUUGCAGUCCAUCCUCCCCGCAGGCACCAGCCACCUCCUGGACAAGCAGCGUGCCAAAUUUGACAAGGACUGGGACACCGUCUCGGCGGCAUUCCCGAUCGAGGCCAGGGCCAAGGCCAAGGGCGGCAAGGUGAGAAAGGAGUGCACGAGGGACGAGUACCUGUACGCCUGGCUGCUGGUCAACACCCGUACCUUCUACUUCGUCACCCCCAAGACGGAGAAGCUGCCCAAAGGGGACCACAUGGUCCUACAGCCAGUGGCAGAUCUCUUCAACCACACGGACCGGGAUGGCUGCGACGUCACCUUCAACCAUGCAGAGAGUUUCGCGUUCCGGACCACGCGCGACUACGAGAAAGGAGACGAGGUCCACAUUAGCUAUGGCUCGCACAGCAACGACUUUCUCCUGGUAGAGUACGGCUUCAUCCUGGCGCAGAACCACUGGGAUGAGGUCCGCCUGGACGAGGACGUGAUCAUGCCCGCCCUGUCUCGGCGCCAGCGGGAGGAGCUCGAAGACGUCGGUUUCCUGGGCAACUACGUCCUCGACAGCGACACGCUCUGCCACCGGACCCAGGUCGCGCUCAGGCAGAUGGCUGUUACGGGCAGGUAUGGAGGCCUGACCAUGGACGAGUGGCGCAAGUUUGUCAGCGGGCUCGACGACGGUGAGAAGAACCAAGCCAAGGUCGAUGCGCAAGCAGUCAGCCUGCUGAAGAAGUAUGAGGCUACCAUCAAGUCCAAGGAAAAGGAAUUGAAGAAAGUGAGGAUUCGAGACGAGGAUGGAAAUGAGGAAAUGAACGAGAGCCGGAAAGAGACCCUCCUGAGGCGCUGGGGCCAAAUACGGAAGCUGGUCAGGACUACGAUUGAGCGCUUGGAAGACGAGUGAUGGUGUUGGAUAUGUAUGCUGUCUGAACUUCCUAUCAAUGGAUGAUACCCAGAGUAUACAACUCGGGAUUGGCCAGCGCGCUUGUGAUAAUCAGACACGAGGCCAUGACCAGUACUAAGCCACAAAUUUCUCCUUAAAAUAGAUAUUGUGCUGGGACUUGGUUCUUAAGACGGCCUUACCCAUACAGAUUGAC